CUGAAGUACUGAACAGAACACCUAUAGACUAUAGAGUUUAUUGACGUCAAACGAGUUAGACGUACGUGUAAACAUAUCUUAAUAGAUUUAUUUUUUUAAUAUUUUAAAAUUAUAUUUUAAUUAAUUUAAUUUUUUGUUUUUAUAAAAACAAUAUGAGAUCAAUAAUACUUAGAAGUCAAUUAAAGACAAGUUUGUUCGUGAAUGGAUUUAACAAUUUUACUAAUUGUAGUAAUAGUUAUAAAUUGAGAAGAAAUCAUACAAAUGCUCCGAGUCCGUUAUCUAUUUUAAGCGAAGAUGAACAAUUUUUUAAGGAAACGGUUAGGAAAUUUUCUCAAGAUCAAAUUGCACCAUUAAUAAAAAAAAUGGAUAAAGAACACAAAAUUGACGAUGAACUUGUGAAAAAAUUAUUUGAAAAUGGCUUUAUGGCUAUUGAAAUAGAUCAAGAAUACGGUGGAUCUGGAUCGUCAUUUAUGUCUAGCACAUUAACAGUAGAAGAAAUAGCCAAAGUUGAUCCUUCAGUUUCAGUUUUAGUAGACUUACAGAAUACCCUAGGAAAUAAUGUUUUGUUAAAAAUUGGUAAUAAAGAACAAAAAGAGAAGUAUUUACCUAGGUUGGCACAAGACACUGUUAGUAGUUUUUGUUUAUCGGAACCUUCAUCGGGAUCAGAUGCAUUUGCUUUAAAAACCACGGCAAAAAAAGAUGGCGACUACUAUUAUAUAAACGGAACGAAGAUGUGGAUCUCAAAUUCUGAUAUAGCAGGAAUUUUUUAUGUUUUUGCCAACACCGAUCCUUCAAAGGGUCAUAAAGGUGUUACAUGCUUUAUUGUAGAACGAGAUCAAGAAGGAUUUUCAGUUGCUAAGAAAGAAGAUAAGCUAGGCAUGAGAGCAUCUGGCACAUGUGUCCUCCAUUUUGAUAAUGUCAAAGUACAUAAAGAUAAUAUUAUCGGUGAAAUUGGUGAAGGUUAUAAAAUAGCAAUAACUUUCCUUAAUGAAGGAAGAAUAGGAAUAGGAGCACAAAUGGUGGGCAUAGCACAAGGAUGUUUGGACCACACAAUACCAUAUACAUUGGAAAGAAAACAAUUCGGUUCAAGAAUUUUUGAUUUUCAAUCUAUGCAACAUCAAAUUGCUAGAGCAGUGACUGAAGUUGAAACAGCUAGGCUAAUAGUGUACAAUACUGCAAGAUUGGUAGACGCUGGUUUACCAUUUAUUAAAGAAGCAGCAAUGGCUAAAUAUUACGCUUCAGAAGUUGCCGGUAAAGUUACAUCAGUAUGCAUUGAUUGGAUGGGUGGAAUUGGUUUUACCACAGAUUAUCCACAGGAAAAAUUUUAUAGAGAUUGUAAAGUUGGGCCAAUUUAUGAAGGAACAACAAACAUGCAACUAAGCACUAUUGCCAAGUUUAUUAAAAAAGAAUAUGAACAAUAAUUAUUUUUCAGUUUUUUUUUUUUUAUAUAAUAUUAAAUGAAUUAAUUUUAAAACAAACGUAAAAUAAAAUAUUGUAACUGAAAUAUAUUAUGGAAUAUGUUAAGUUAAAUAAUAUUCAAGAGAAUUAAGAUAGAGUUACAGAGAAUUUGAUUGUUUACAACAAAAUAAAUCCAGAAAAAUUGAAUUAAAUAAUGAUUAUAUUAAACAUUGUAAAAUAUAGAUUAAUAUCAAUUUUAAAUACAAAAUUAAUAUUUGGCAAUAUUUUUUAAAU